CCGGUCCCAGCCGCAGCGCACGAACUUUGCGCCGUACAACGCGAACCGAGCGCUCCUGAUGCCGUCAUCGCUGGGAAGGUCGUAAACACACUUUCCAGUCGUCGAUUGCCACAACUUGACAUGACCGUCGUGAGAGGCGGUCAGCAGAAGUCUGCUGAAAGGCUCCGGUGCCCAGGAAGCGGCCACAAGCGCUUUGUCGUGCGCCUUGAAGCGUCGAAAAGAGCGCGUCACCACCCUUGCACUGUACUCGGCGGCGUUCGUCCGCUUGUCUUCGGAAAUUACCAGGGAUGUAUCCAAGGCGCCCCGCGGUGAUGCAGUAUGUUUGGCAAGGGGCGCGGCAAUGGGCGACGUCUGCUGUGGCUGCGGCUGAGGUGGCAUGUCCAGCAGCCUGGAGGCUCCCUCUCCGCCCCCACCCUCCUCCUCUCCUCCCCCGGCCCCACAGUCGGCCAUGACGGUGGACUUCUCGGCAUACGGGCUCUCCUCCUUCGUUGGGGGCACCGACAAUGCCACCCAGGCUCUCUACCUGUUUCCUGAGGCUGCAGCCUUUUCUCCCAAGGACCAGAAGGGUCCUUCACCCCCGACCAGCAGAGCCUACGACCAUGCUGGCGAUGCUAUGCUCAGUGCAAUCAAUUACGGCGAGGAUGAGGUGCUUAACGAAGGUUUCGAGGUUCCCUUUGGCUCUCUGGAUGGUUUGCUGCGGUUGCCCCCUCGGCCAGCCACGGCCCCUGCCGACGCUUCGCCGUUCGACCUGCUUGGGGACAGCGAGCUGCAGUUGUCACCACCGCAGGCCUUCGGUGCGGCCACUCAUGGACCAGAUUCAGUGGUAGGGAGCAGUGGUGAUCCACCCGGAGCCUCCCUGUCUCUGCCAUGCAUCAGUCUUCCAUCGGACAAGGAGAUGGGGCGGCUGUCACCGGCCUUGUCGGCUGCUGCUGCUGCCACUGGCAUUCGGCCCAUUGCCAAAGUGGGUGGCAAUGGUGGCAGGGCUCCCUCCGCGCAGCCCUGCCCAGUGUGCGGCAAGGUAUUUGGAAACUCAAGCGCACUGACCAAGCACAAGCUGACUCACUCCGACGAGCGCAAGUACGUGUGCAGCCAGUGCCAGAAGGCGUUCAAGAGGCAGGACCACCUAAACGGCCACAUGGUGACGCACCGCAACAAGAAGCCGUACGAGUGUGACGCCGAGGGCUGUGACAAGAGCUACUGUGAUGCCCGCUCCCUACGUCGUCACAAGGAGAACCACCAUGCCUCAGUGGCGCUCACGCUGGUGCCCUUUCAGGCCAUCCCUCUGCCGCCGCAAUUGCAACUGGUGGCGUUUCCAUCGGAAGAUGGAGGGACCUCGGUGUGGGCUCCGGUCGGGGGAACCACCCAGCGCCCCCUUCUGGUCGCACCACCCACACAAGGGACGGCCGUGCAGCAAGCCACGCCACAACAACCGCCGCAGCAGGAAGCGCAGCAGCAGACCUCCCAGCGGCAGCCUUCACCAAGACCGCUGCCACAGCCAGAGGGCCCGCAGCUUUUGCAACAGCUCUUAGAACCAAGCAAGGCAUGGACGACUGUGCCAACCGUCUCAUUUUCUGCAGAGGCAAUAAACGAGCCAGUGCCAGGCCAUAGUGGCAGUUCACUGCCUUCAACAACAUUGGAUGCUGUGCCAAUGGCAGCCACAGAAUGCCUCUGCAGCCUCUGCCAUCAGAAACUCGCCAGCCUGUCUGAACUGGAGCAGCACAUGCGACUCCACCAGCCACCCGCUACAACCGCCGCCACACAGAGCACAGCUAUGUUCACGCAGGGGCUUCAAGCAACGUGCCAGCCUUCCAUGGAGCGUGUUGCAGUAAGCAGUUCGACUAUGCCCAUUUUGCAGCCGGACGAAGUGAUUACCUCUGUUGCACCGAGCCAGCAUCGCCCGGGGCCAUUGCUUCCGCCUCUAAACACGUGGGCAGUAAGACCAACCCGCCCAUCCCUGACCAAUGCCAACAAUGAGCGCCGGCGCCACUCCGAUUCUGACCACUUGGCCUUUGAAGGCAGCAGCGGUCUUCUCGCUGAUCUUUUACUGGGACCUCGCCGUACCUGUAGAGUGGGCUCGGACCCAGGACUCGAACCACUGCCCUCCUUCGAGCAAUUGCAAGGGCUGGUGGCAUCAUCUCGAAGCUCGCUCGUCGUGUCACCCGACGCAAUGCAGGCCAGCAUGUCGUACGGCGACUCUCAUCAACAUGAGGACGUGUUUGCCGCCAUUAGCGAUGCAUUUGACGAGGAGGAAGAAGAAAAGCCGGACAAGGACAUGUGUAGUUUUGUAGGCAACCACUCUCUGCACCAUGGCAAUCUUGGCCGUUCUCCAGCCAGAACGACACUGGCGCAAUCCCCGGUGAGCUUUGACCACGAAGUGGUGUGCGUUCCAGAUUCGCCGCCGCUCGUCGAAACCAAGGAAAUCAAGACUGAGCCAAGUUACGAACAAAUGGAUGUUCGACAAAACGCAGAAACUUCUGAUGUGCGUCGGACUGCGCAAAUGCCCACAUCAGUGAUGGUGUCUACCAUAGUGCACUCGAACCAUCCGGCAAAACCCAUUGGGCAUUCAGUCAUGCCUGAUGUUGGCAGCACUGAAACUCCCGAUGUUCCGGAGGCUUCUUUGGAGACGAAGAAGCCAUUGGAAAAUAGCGGGAGUGAAGAGGUUCAAGUGUCUUCGUGUCGAGCUGCAGAAUGUGAUGAUGACGAUGUGUUUUUAAGCCCUAUCCCGACGUGCCCCUUGCGGAGUCGACGGAAACACAGACCAGAGCCCCUGUACAUACCGCCUCAUGUGAAUGCCAUCGGCUUCCCGAGCCGGCUGCGCUCACCUCGUCUCUGGGACCCGUGUGGGGAGGCCGGAGGCUGCAAGGGCUCUGCUGGCGUCACCUCGCCGCCCCCGUACACUCCACCUCCCAUGCUCAGUCCCCUGCGGUCAGGCUCCGGUCUUUUCUGGCACGUCUACUCGGGACCCCGGUCAGCCGGCCCAAUGACGCCUCACGCUGUCACUCCUAGAGAUCGGGUGAGUGCCGUCUAUCCGCCCACUAGCGGUGGAGGCAGCAGUGCAGUGCCCCAGUCACCUCUGGAAAGUCCGUGCGAGGCGCCCGUUUCUGAAGAUGAGGGCGAGCUGGCACCAGAGACGGACAUCCUUCCGCACGUCAAUGUUGGUCCACAGUAUCAAGCCCGGUUGCCCCCCUUAGAUGUCGAAGAUGCAUUGAAGUCUGAACACCUUGCUGACCUCGUCUGGGACCCACGCAUUGGCGACCACUUAGCUGAUGAUGAAGUGGAAAACUAUCUGGAGUUUGCAUGCUGCGCGGCCGUGCCUGGUGGAGGUCGGAACCGAGAGUAUGCCUUUCACGUAUUGGCACUCUGCCAGGGGAAUCUGCAGGAGGCAACGUUGAGGUUGAUGGAGCGGGAACCGCGGCUGCCCGGUGGUCACCCGCUGCUGACGUACCGCUACCCAGAGUGCCACCGUUGGAGCCGUGAGGAGAUGGAGCGCUUCCAAGAAGGGCUGGCCACAUUUGACAAGGACUUCCUGCACGUGGCCACCAAGGUUGGAACCAAGAAUGUACAGCAAUGUGUUGAGUUUUACUACGUGUGGAAGAAAGUGGUGCCGGAAGAGUACCGGCGGCUAAGGUGUAUGCGGCGGCGGCGCGAGCUGGACCAGGCGGCACCGGAGGAAGACGACAUGGAGGAAGCGGCCGGCAGCCCGUCGGCUGCGCCUGCAGCCAUAGCCAAGCCGACGAUGCCCGCUUCGGAACCUGUGCAACCCUGUGAGCCGCCGCAGGAGUUCCCGUGCAGACUUUGUGGAAGGGUGUUUGCCAAAGUGAAAAGCCGCAAUGCCCACAUGAAGAGCCACGGAGCCCCUCGUUCGGUGCCCAGCAGCCGAUUCGAAUUCUGAGUGCCGGUGGCAGUAUUGUCGCCGAUGCCUCCCCACCACCACGGUUGGUGCUGCUGCCCUCGUUUGCUGCAAUUGCUCAACACCUGGGCCGAAUGUUCUGGCCCAUUGCCCCAUGCCCACCCUUCGUGUCGUCCCUGUACAUGGCUUGUAAAUACUAGGUUUUUUGUCAUUCUUUUUAAUUGGGGAAUCGUAACGAUCCCAUUGCCAAGGCCGUCCGGCGGGUCCUCGUUAUUUUUGUACUCGCGAGGCACGUGCUCCACAGAUUAAAGAAGAGAAGAUAUGCUGUUGACCACUG